AUGACCAUUAAUACACUCCGCAUGUUGUAUGGUAGACCAGAAGUAAUUCACCAAGUAAUGCUGCGUAGGUUAAGGGAGGAACCAUCUGUAAAGCCAGACAAAUUAGAAACCUUAGUAACACUUUCAUUAGCGGUACAAAAUUAUCGCGCUACAAUGCAGGCGGUCGGUCUAAACGAUUAUCUAAAUGAUCCAGUGCCAUUAAACGAGCUGGUAGCUAAACUGCCAUGUAACCAAAGGUUGAGUUGGGGCCAGCAAUGUAUGUCCCUGAGACGCGCUGACAUUGCUGCAUUCGAUGAUUGGCUUUUCGGUCUAGCCAUGUGCGCUCGCCAGGUCACUUCCAUCCAGACAUCAGCGAUAUCAUCGUGUAAUAGCAACGUCGAAGCAAAAAAGGGAAAUCGCGAAUCACUAAAGGGCAGAAUAAUGAUUCACGAUGUGGUUGCGAAAAAUAACGAGCAGAGUGUAAAGUCGAUAAAUUGCCUGAAAUGCGGUGCGAGCCAUACGCUGUCCGAUUGCUAUGAGUUUCGUGCCCUAUCGCAAAGUGACAGAUGGAAAUUUGUACGGGAAAAUAAACUCUGUUUACGUUGCUUCAAAAGUCAUUUCAUUCGUCGAUGUAAUUCGAAAAGGUGCUGUGGCGUAGAUGAUUGUAGAAUGGCUCACCAUCCACUGCUUCACAAUGGUACUUCGUUGACGAUUGGAAAACGACAACAAGCAACAUUAUACCACGAGUUGGGCACAGAUGCUGAUAAAGAAACGCAAAGGGCGCUUUUCAGGUAUGUGGAGGUUAUUUUACAUAGCGGUACCAAAGCAAUACGUACAUUCGCACUUAUCGACGAAGUAGCCUCCUGUACGCUAAUUGAGUCUCAAUUGGCGAACGAGCUUGAUUUAGAUGGGCCAGUUGAAUCGUUAUGCUUGCGUUGGACGGGAGAAAUUACUCAAAAUGAGGCAAAUUCCAAAUUUGUCAAUCUUUACGUUUCACCGAUUACAUUACCCUCUCAAAAAUACAGGCUUCGAAACGUUCGAACCGUUGCUAAUCUACUACUUCCUCAGCAGUCGCUGUUCAGCUCUACGAUUAGUAAGCACGCACACAUUAAGGGUCUGCCGAUUCGACCCUAUAAUAAAGCAAGAGCGCGAAUUUUGAUAGGUUUGGACAACGCUAAAAUAGGAAUCCCUAUCGAAAUAAGAGAAGAUAGGGGAUCCGACCUUAUUGCCGCAAAGUGCCGACUAGGAUGGAGUGUAUAUGGGCGCGAUAAAACUAACUGCGCUGAACAACCGAGAAUAUUGCAUACCUGCGAAUGUGAUACAACCAGAGAUGAUCGUAUGGACCAGCAACUGAAAACAUAUUUUUCUAUUGAUGCCAUCGGAUCAUAUGCACCAAUUAAGCCGUUGAUAUCUAAAGAUGAUGAACGCGCUCUUCAAAUCAUGGAAAAGACCACGCGCUUUAUCUCCGCUGAAAAGAGAUGGGAAACCGGGUUACUUUGGAAGCACGAAGCUGUCGAGCUUCCCGAUUCGCUGCCUAUGGCAAUCCGGCGACUCUCGUGCUUAGAAAGUAAAAUGAAGCGUGAUUCGUCAAUUCGUCAAUUUCUUAUAAACAAAAUACAUGAUUAUGAGAAAAAAGGGUACGUAUCUAAGUUGAACAAAAACGAAAUAAAAUAUAGCGCUAGGUCUUGGUAUCUCCCUAUAUUUACUGUUCUCAAUGCCAAUAAAAAGAAAACUCGAUUGGUUUGGGAUGCUGCAGCAAGGGUAAAGGGUGUCGGGCUCAAUGAUAUGUUGCUGAAAGGGCCCGAUCUACUUAAGUCUCUAUUGUGGGUACUGCUCCGAUUUCGCGAACGACGUUUCGCAGUUUGUGGAGAUAUACGCGAAAUGUUCCACCAGAUUAAAAUUAUAAAAGAAGAUCAAGUGGCGCAAAAAUUUCUUUGGCGAAACGAUGGCUCGUCUCGCGACUAUGAUAUCUACGUGAUAAGGGUUAUGACAUUCGGCGCUUCGUGCUCGCCUUCCUUGGCGAACUACAUAAAAAAUCGUAACGCUCACCGAUUUGCUGAUCUUCAUCCCGACGCCGAACGGGCCAUCGUUAGUAACACAUUUGUUGACGAUUGGCAUCAGAGUGCAGACUCUGAAAAUGAAUUGGCUUGUCUAGCAACUAAAGUUCGUUGGGUUCAUCAGGAGGGCGGAUUCCAAAUGAGAAACUGGAAAUCUAAUUCCAAACACGUACUAUUUUCAUUAGAUGCUGACGACGUUCCAGCCGCCAAAUGUUUUGAAGAGCCAGAAGCCGUUAUAGAAAAGGUACUAGGGAUGUGGUGGCUGCCAGUUUCGGAUGAGUUAACAUACAUUGAAAAUUUUCCAAAGGAAGUUUUUAAUGAAAAUACGAUCGUGUCGAAGCGACAAAUUUUGCGCACAAUAAUGACGAUUUUCGAUCCUAUGGGUUUGCUCGGUUUUGUCAUUGUACAGGCAAAAAUUAUUUUACAAGAUGUCUGGCGCUCCGGAGUAGGUUGGGAUGAACCGAUUAAAGAAGAAGAACGUUGCAACUGGUUUCGUUGGGUAAAACGCAUUCCUGCGAUCAACGGCAUAAGAAUUCCCCGUUGCAUUUCACUUGCCAGCGAAAACCAAAAUAAUCAGUUGCACAUUUUUGUAGAUGCAAGCAUAAAAGCCUACGCUGCGGUGGCCUACAUCCGGUCAGAAGUAGGUUCGCAAAUAUCUUGUUCACUUUUGGCUUCGAAAACUCGCGUUGCGCCAUUGAAGCCCACUUCCAUACCCAGGCUGGAGCUGUUAGCUGCUGUUUUGGGACUUAGGCUGGCAAAUGUUCUUAGCUAUGAACUGUCCAUUACAGUAAAUCGCAGAGUAUUCUGGACAGACUCCAAAAAUGUGUUGUUUUGGCUGCGAGCACAAGAAAAUACCAUCAAUUCGUGGCGCUGA